AAACCUACUUUCAGGCUGGUAAACACCUAUAGCUUCAGGGAUCUACGCAGGACGACAGAAGUAGGUUAACUUGAAGAGGUUUCCUCGCUUAACUGCAGAAGAGGAAGUGAAAAACUUCCUUUGAUGAAACGUGUUCAUGAGACCGUCCGUGCUUCAUUUUGGUUCUCAAGAGAGCAACGAAUUUUUCUUUGCCGACUUUCGUUACGUGGGCACUUUUUAUAGAACUAAAGCAAAACACAGCAAGUAAAACAUCGACUUUGCUCUUUCACCGGGAAAAUUCAAUUAGUGGCGACCUUAUCAUUAUUGUUCGGGCUGUUGGAACUUAUUUGCAUAGCUGUCAACAAACUACAUAUUCCGCGACUUCUAAGGUAAAACACAACCAAACCCCCGCUGUAGCGGAGAAGUGGUAGCUGAAGAUACACAAUGUCUUCUAUAUCAAAUAAUAGCUCAAUGACAAACACAAGCGCGCCACAGGAUUCUUCAAACCAGUCAGGCCGCUCCACUGAAGAUGUCGACAUGGUCUUCUUCUGGUUAAUAAUCAUAGUUGGUGUUGUAGGCAACUCGCUUGUCAUAACUGUGGUCAAAAUGAUACGCAGUAUGCGAACAGCUACCAAUUACCUCCUGGUAAAUGUGGCAGCCGCCGAUGUUACUACGUUAGUGUUCACGGCAAUCCAUUUUCUCAUUGGAAAAAUCCGUCCCACUUCACCGAAGGCACUUCUCAGUUUUCUUUGCGCGUUCAUUUAUAACAACACUAUCGUCAUAGUAACACUCUUAGUGACGUCAUUGACCAUGACUCUCCUAGCCUUUGAAAGGUACCACGCUCUGGUGAAACCGCUUAUCAACUCCGGCAGGCUCACUAAUGGCAACAUUGCUUACGUCAUCGCUGCCAUUUGGGUCGUUGCCAUAGCGAUGGUGACGCCGCUGUUUGCAGGCUUCUCUUAUGAUUCAACAGCGGGUACUUGCCAUGCAGAUUUAGAAGAAUUGGCAAUCUACGUCAGUUGUCUUUUUAUUGUUCUGACAUUUAUUCCGUUCAUCAUUAUCGCCUAUUGCUAUUCCCAAAUUGUAUACGGCCUUUACGUCAAGAAGACAAUCUGCAGCAACAAAAGUGAAAGAGCAGAAACCCCAGAAGAAGCAAGAGAAAAGAGAAGAUUGGUGAUCCUGCUGAUCUUGUUAAGUGUGGUGUUCUUCACAGCUUUCGUCCCUUACGGUCUUUUGAUCAUACUGAAUUUUAACAGGAUGAAGAUUGCGUAUCUAACAGGCCUCCGGCACGUUGCACAGUAUCUUACGCUUCUCAGUUGUUCAGUAAACCCGUUUAUCUACGCUUUUCAAAGCUCAAGUUACAGACACAGUUUUAAUUUCCUUUUUAAGAGAUUGUUUCGUCGUGACACCACAGUAAACUCCUUAGAACUAAUUAAAAUGCGUACUGGAAGGUCUUUGAGAACAGUGUAACGAGAGAGACGCGUUUCUGAAAUGAAGAUCACCGUCGCUGAUGUUUUAGGUUUAGGUAAAACGCCGUAAGUUUAUAAUACUCUAAUGAUACUUCCUCAUUUCCCGUCAACUUUCUACAUUUCCAAAUGCACUCUGUUAGCAACGACUGAUCCCUCCUCCAUUCCCCUUAAAACCGUGUAAUCACCCCCAAAUCCUCCGGGGCGAUAAAUAAUGAGGGGCGUAGCCAGGAUUUUUCAAAGGGGGGGGGGGGGGGGACCACAGUGUCAAAACAGAGGGUUCUCACCAAUGUUCGCCACCUGAGUAAUGUACGUUGUUUGCUUGAAAAAAGGAUUACAUAUGGGGGGUCACGGGCACCCCAGGACCAGCCCCUUAGCUACACCCUAUUUUUCAAAUUUUUUUGGCCGUUUUACGGCUUAUGGUUAACUCUAUUGAGACCCUCGUGUAAGCGUAUGAAACUUAACGGAGAACAGAACAUGUUUACGACUAUGAUCGAUACUGUAGGUUGAAAAUAAAGAUAAAAACCAGAAUUAUAGGAGAUAAGUAUUCAAUUUGCAGCGCUUGAGCAUCAAAGUAUUCACUGAGUUAUCAUAGCUCUUAACUUUAGUCUGCGUGGUCGUUAGCCCGUCGGACGAUUUGUAAAUACUAUUUAUCUACAGAAGAAACCAAGCUGAAUAAACAAAAGAGUCUUGUUAAACAAGAGUAAUGUUGAUAAUUCCUACAUUGAUGGUAAUAGUUAUAUAAUAAUGAUGAUGAUAAUAAUAAUAAUAAUAUUAAUGAAUUGCUGAAAGAACCAAGUACAAACAGAACAAGUAUGUAGAACUUAGAUUGGGGAUAAAGAACUUGUAUCCAGGUUACAAAGUGAAGCUUAUCACCAUAGUUU